UCCUAGCAAAGUAUAGUCUGUUUGCUGGCUCGUUCGACCGUACGGUCGAGAUCAUCAAGCCCGUCUAUUUAAUUGCGAUUUUAACGUUUAUUCUCGCUCGCCCCGACAGCCCGUGACUGUGCGUUCGAUCGUCCAUCUGUCCGUCCGAUGGUUCGUCGUCUGUUCGUUUAAUCGUCCAUUGAAUAAUUUUCGAUUCGAUUCCUCGCCGACGACACGGUCACGGUGUGCCACUAAUCCCGGUCGGGCCGGUCUGCCGUUCCGUCGAUCGGAUUGUUGUUUGCUCGCGUUGGUCGCGGACGAAAUUCGUGCACAUUUUGCAAUCUGUCCUGCAGCAGCAACGAGCUGUGAUCUCAUCGUGCUCUCGGGAUUGGUCGUGCUUGAUGUGUGUGCCCUUGGCAUGCGAAACGGGUCGUUGGUAGUAGUUGGGUUGUUCGUAUGCUAAAAUUUAUUCUACUUGCUUCACGACACGGUGAAACGGUAGAACGGUAGUUUACACAACAUCAGCAGCAGUCAUCCUGCACCGCAAUAAACUUUGCCAGCUUAAAGAAUUCGACGGGACGCCAAUUUACCCUUAAAAGGGCACUUUAAGCCGAAGCAUCGCUAGAGGGAUACGACCGUACGUGGUGUGUGUGGUGAAGUUGGUGAGAAAACCCACCCGGCUGCUAGGUGUGCGAAAGAGAGCUGCUCGUCAAAGACAAAGAGGCAGCUAAGUAGGCUUUUUUACAGCACAAAAAAGUCGUAGCCGAAGCGGAGGAAAUAGAGCAUCAUCAUCGCUCGGAAAAGCACAGUGCGCUCAGCAGUGGAAAAUUCGUCUCGAUCUCAUCCGCAACACUCGCUUGAAUUCAGACAGUGUGCGGUUAUCUACCAACUCCGGACGUCCAAUGUCAGAACCUCAGUCUUCGCUGCUGCUCAAGAAACAACUGGCAGAACUGAGCAAAAAUCCUGUUGAAGGAUUUUCGGCCGGUUUAAUCGAUGAUAAUGAUAUCUUUCGAUGGGAAGUGUUAAUUAUCGGACCUCCAGAUACUCUGUAUGAGGGUGGAUUUUUCAAGGCACAUUUGCACUUUCCCAAAGAGUACCCGCUAAGGCCACCGCGUAUGAAGUUUGUCACAGAAAUCUGGCACCCAAACAUCGACCGCAAUGGUGAUGUCUGCAUAAGCAUCCUACACGAGCCGGGUGACGACAAGUGGGGCUACGAGAAAGCGUCGGAACGCUGGCUGCCCGUGCACACCGUCGAAACAAUCCUGAUAUCGGUCAUAUCGAUGUUGGCCGAUCCGAACGAUGAAUCACCGGCCAACGUAGACGCGGCGAAGGAAUGGCGAGAGGCGUAUCCCGAAUUUAAACGAAAGGUAGCGCGAUGUGUUCGAAAGAGUCAGGAAGAUUGUUAGUAGGAUUUAUAAUGCUUUUUUAAAAUUGUCUUAUAUUUAUUGAUUAAUUAUUGUACGAUUACACUUACCUUAAAUGAACGAAAGAAAAUCAUGGAAGUGCAUCUAAAGAGCCGUUAUCUCGUCUACCACCACUGUAUCUAUCCUUCUUAUAUAUUACGACUAUUACUAGAACUGCUACAGCAACGACACCGGUCGCUCUUAGCUAUCUGUGGUUGAGUGCGAAGAUUGGUUGGGGACACGGUUAUUAGUUAGAAAUGGAAUGGCACUGAGAACAAAGCCACGGAAACCGCGGUGGUAUUGAUGGAAGAUGGCUGAACAGAUAAACGAAUGAUGGCGCUUCAGAGUGCAAUAGCUAUGCCACCGACCGCUACUACUGCUAAAUUUGGAUUAUUGUGGGUCUGUGAUCGUAAAGUAGAACCUUUAACGAAUCGAUUUACUUAGAAAACUAAGAACCGUCGGCUAAACGAUAAUAAGCGGUAUCCUGCGGUGGGAGGCUACCAGACAUGGUUCGUUUUCGCCAAAAUGAAACGAGCAAUUGCUUCUGCUGUCGAGGCGAGGAUUCCAUGUGCUCGUUUUGAAUACAAAGUCCAUUUUUCAGUCUUUGUUGACUGGAAAAUAAUAAGAACCGACUGAAUGCUACCUUGAAAGAUAGCAUAAUUACGAUGGUCGAUUUAGCUCAGGCGCCAAAUAGGAAGUGACCAAACGGCAGGGCAACGCAACCUUUUGUUUUUCGUUUCCUUGCAUCGUGAUUUUGCUUACGUAAAUGUCCCCUGUUACUUGGUUGCACUGUUUAUGUCGAACCCCGGGCCAUCCAAUUUAUCUACCGUCAAAAAUCUUCAGAACCACAUGUUUCAAACAAAAAAACAAACCCGUAAUUUAGGUAAACGAGCACGCCUAUCACUAGUAGCAACUGAAACUGACCGUCUUUUAGCCCAGAACGAGAUUUGAUUUUAUAAAAGCUGCGAGCGUUCAACUGCAUUCAAUCAAGAAUGUAAAAAGGUCGUAGUAAAUUUGUAGCGCCAACAUGGGCUAUCAAAGAUAAAGAAACAUCCGAAAACAGCGCUAUCGUAGGUCAACGGAAGCCUGCAGCGGGAUGUACGCUUUACACAGGGAUCGAUACGACAGAAAGAAGUCGAUGCCGUGCGAGAGGAUUGUUUCCGUUUACGCAAUCAUUACGAUCAUGAAUUAGCAUGAGGAAGAUGAGUAUGUUUGAAAAACUCAGGAACCUAAAUUUUUACAUUUACUCAAAUAUCGUGCAUGGCGAAGCUACGCGAAACAAGCAUUAAUAAAAACUAAAACAUAAAAAACAAGUAUCGGCGAUUCGAUGAAGAAAAUGACCCAAUAACGCUGACCAAAACCCUGGUAUAUGCUACCAUUACCAACGGGGCAAACUAGUCGAGUGCAAGACGCUCCGCUUUUCUAUUUGCAUCUCCUGUUUUGCCACUGCAAUCGAGUACAGAUCACACAGUGAUCUCAUAGUACUGCGUGACUCUCAAUCCAUAGAUUGGAUUCAUCUACGACUAAUAGUGUAAUUUAUGUCAACCCUUUUGUAUGAUUUCCUUCGAACUGUAACUGCUGAUGAUUGGAUACUGUUGCUGCAGUGCUCAAAACAAGAUACAAUAUCGUACACCAUCGUAUCCAUGAUGAGCCAACUUUAGUCGCUCAAUUGUGUAAAUAGCAAAAGAUUAGUAAAGCUUCUUUUAUCCUUGAUUUACUAUAUUAUGCGUAUAAUAUAACCAAUGGUAAUUAUUAGGCAAAGAAAUGUCAGUAAAAUAUUAGAACACAAGGAUCUAUCAACGAUCUUAAACCGGAGCUGAUCUUCACAUUCACGGUAAGGCAACGCAGUAAAAAUGAAAAGCGAUAAAAUCAGUGAAUAGGUAACUGGUUGCGAAAAUCAAUCGGUGCCUGUUGAAACAAGUGUAUGCUUCGUGGAAGAUAUGUACGAACGAAAGAAAGUUAACGAAAGGGAGGUUAGAAAAUUUGAACAAUUUUCUAACACAAGAAAACACGACUGAUAAGCAACGACACGUGGCCAACCGUGAAAAAUGAUAAUCGUCUGUGUGCGUAUGAUUCCUGUUGCAUCAAGAAUGGGUACGGGACAAUGAGAACGUAUGGGCAAAACUUGUUUCUGAAAAGAUUGAGAUUGAAUAUAGCAUAAUGUGUGCAGCAGUGCUGAGGGCCGAGGAUCGCGUGACAUUGUCACCAGUAAUUAAUGUUUGAGGCGACUAAAUACCGUUUAAACUAUGCGUUGGCAUAGUAAAAGACAGCGUAGAUAGGUUUAGGGCAAGGGAAAGAGAGAUGCAUUGCGGCACGUUCCUGAUGGCAGUUAAGGUCGCUUGAAAUGUACCACACUAGUUAGAGAUCAGGAAGGAGUCACAGAUUUUGUCUGAUGCAUGUGCCAGACUUUGUCUGGUGCAUGCGUGCGUAAUGAACAAUAUUCCUUUUAGCUCCACAAUACCUUGUUUUUAGCGCGAUAUUGUCUCGGCAGAAGCUACUUUCCAUUUCUUAUCCUACCUUCGCACAGUUGUGGUCGAAGGAACCGUAAUCCGGGAAGAACACCGAAAGAUCAACCAAUUGAGAUGCACAAGGCGGACAAGUGAGAACAUUGAAACACAAUACAAAUAAAGACGGGCUAUAGCUGGC